AUGGCGCCUCAUACCAAGGUGGCCAUCAUUGGCUCCGGGCCUGCGGGCCAUACCGCGGCCAUCUACCUUUCACGCGCAGAACUCAAACCUGUCUUGUAUGAAGGCAUGCUGGCAGGAGGCACGGCCGCAGGCGGCCAGCUCACCACCACCACCGAUAUUGAGAACUACCCGGGGUUCGCCAAGGGGAUUGGGGGCUCCGAGUUGAUGGAUGAAAUGCGGGCGCAGUCUCUCCGAUUUGGCACCGAGAUCAUCACCGAGACCAUCACUCGUGUCGACCUAAAGUCGAAACCGUUCCGAUUAUGGAGGGAAUAUGAAGACGCCGACGCCGACGAGCCCGCCCACACGGCCGACGCGGUCAUCAUCGCCACAGGCGCCAACGCCAGACGGCUGGACUUGCCGGGAGAGGAUAAAUACUGGCAGAACGGCAUCUCCGCCUGCGCCGUGUGCGACGGUGCCGUACCGAUCUUCAGGAACAAGCCGCUCGUCGUCAUCGGCGGCGGGGACUCGGCAGCAGAGGAGGCCAUCUUCCUGACCAAGUACGGGUCGCACGUCACGGUUCUGGUGCGGAAGGACAAGCUGCGAGCGUCCAAGACCAUGGCGAAACGACUCCUGGCCAACCCCAAAGUCACGGUCAAGUUCAACCAUGUGGCAGUCCAAGUGCAGGGCGAGGAGAAGGCGCGAGGCUUGAUGACACACCUCAGGGUCAAGAACACCGUCACCAACGCCGAGGAGGUGCUCGAGGCCAAUGGUCUGUUUUACGCCGUCGGCCACGAUCCCGCCACCGCCUUGAUCAAGGGCCAAGUCGACACCGAUGACGAAGGCUACAUCGUCACCAAGCCCGGCACCAGCUACACCAGUCUCCCGGGAGUCUUUGCCGCCGGCGACGUCCAGGAUAAACGUUAUCGCCAGGCCAUCACCAGCGCCGGCAGUGGAUGUAUGGCCGCCCUGGAGGCGGAGAAGUACCUGGCCGACCUGGAAGAUGACGAGCCCACGCUCGACAAGGAGCAAGACGCAAAGAAACCCGAGUCCAACGGCGAUACCGCGCCCGAGUACCGAUCAAAUCCCCUCUUGUGA